AUGAAUGUUACCAAAAAGGCGGAGGAGCUUGCUCCUGUGUCAGACCUUGGCAACAGUCAGGAGGAAGUCGAUGUUAUUGUGAAGGUCGAUGAAAGAGUCAACGCUCACCAAGUGGACCCAGCCCAGUCACCAACAAGCUUGGCAAGCAACAGCCCGAAUGGCAAGACCACCGGCACAGUAGGCCUACGAGCAUGGCUUGCGGCCAGCAAGGCCGCCCUCGCAGCGUCGCAAGCCGACCAGCGCGAGAUCCAGAGACGAAUUUCACGGCUGCAGGAGGCCACCAAUGACCUCAAAAUCAUCGAAUUUGCCAGCCACGCCGAGAGCAAAGCCGGUGGCAGUGAAAGCGGCGGUGGCAGUGGUGAUGAUCGUGCGGGAAACCAAGCGCGAUCCCCCAAGGACAAGUCUUGUAACGGCGAGGAAUCCACUCGAAGCCUGCCCCAUCUUCGUCAACUACACUGUAUGCCGCUGGUGGGUCCUCUUGCUCACAUGUUGCUGUGCCUCCCGCCUCUUUCAUGCAAGGAUGAAUGCUGGGGAGGUAUUUUUCGCGUGUUCCAUCUGCAACCGGAUGUCAUCGGCGUCCCUCACGCCAGCGUAAGGGGAUCAGAUAGCCACCGGGCGUCGCAAAACGACGAAAUAAAGGCGCCGAUGCGGACAGCGGUAAUCGCACGAGGGCGCUCGCUGUCUUUGGCCCUGCGAUUGUUCGACGCGACAGUGGUGGAUUGUGGUGUCUCCAAGGCGGUCAUUAACGGACCGGUGAGGGGACCUGGAAACACUUUUGCGAGUGUCCAAUGA